GCGGACCCUGAUGGCUCGGUUGUUCACGAUCGUCCCAUCAAGCUCAGCCUUAGCGAUCUCGGCCAGUGUCCGAGUUUCCUGAGAGACAAAGGGAAGAGGAGGAACGGGACAAUGACACUCCAGGAGCUGCUGCUGAUGGGAGUGGUGAUGACGUCCCUGUGACGGUGCAGCGCCCUCCUUCAACCUCGGAGCACCAGCGGCGCAGUUUCUGAUCAUUUCACCCCAGACGAGUCGAGUCUCCUCCGGCUUCAUCAAGAAACUAGAGUCGUGUCUGAAGUGCAUGAAGAUACGUGGGGCGGAUGAUGGAGGCCUGGCCAACGGUGGCCUGGGUCCUGCUGCUGACCACCAUCGCCGACUGGUUUAAAACUGUCCAGACGCGGGACUUCACCAUGGAGGACAUCAUCCUGCUGCAUCCCUCCACCACGCCUCACCCCGGCGGCUUCAAGUGCUUCACGUGUCAGGACGCUGCAGAUAACUACGAGUGCAACCGCUGGGCCCCAGACGUCUACUGUCCAAAGGAGACCAGAUACUGCUACACGCUCCACAUGAUGGACAACGGCGGGGACAGCGUGUCCGUCAGCAAGCGCUGCGCCACCCUCACCGACUGUCAGUUCACCGGCUGCGCUCGGGUCGCUCACGAGGGCCACCAGGUGUGCUCGUCCUGCUGCGAGGGCAACAUCUGCAACGUGCUGGUGCCGAGGAACGAGAGCAGCGCCACCUUCUCCGUCACCUCUCCCCUGGGCGGCUCGGCCAGGAGGCUCCACCCCGCAGCGCUCAUUUACACCGUCAUCACCAGCGGCAUCUUCUCAGCAGGACACAUUUGCGGCAUCUAAUAAAUGAUUCAGCGAUUGGCACAGAUGGUGCACGCGCAGACAAAUUCAUCUUCCUUCCUCCGGUCAGACAUUUUUAUAUUAAUUUAUUUUUUCUUAAAUGUUCAGCAUUUCUUUUAGGAGGUUGUUUCAGUAUCAACAUGGUUGUUAAAUUGAUUUUAAUGACAUAUGCAAUAAAAGGUGAACAUGU